UUGAGUUAAGCUCUUCUGGAGGGAGAAGUUAACAAUGAAGCUUCUUCUGUUGAUUCUGGUCCUGUGGGUCACUGAGCUUGGAGCUGCUUCCCAAGCCAAAGUAAUAAGCCCCACAGAAAUGGAUGAGGAAUUUGCUGAAAUGUACCUGAAUCAUUUUUAUGGACUUAUGGAGACAAUUCCAAUGACAAAAAUGAAAAUCAGUAGGGACUCCUUAAAGGAAAAAAUCCAGGAAAUGCAGCAGUUCUUUGGGCUAAACGUGACCGGGCAGCUGGACACUUCUACUCUGGAGGUGAUGCACAAACCUAGAUGUGGAGUGCCUGAUGUCCAUCAUUACAGCACAUUUCAAGGAAGGCCAGUGUGGAAGAAGCAUGAAAUCACCUACAGAAUCAAUAAUUACACUCCUGACAUGAAGCAAGAGGAUGUUGACUAUGCCAUCCAGAAAGCUUUUCAAGUAUGGAGUGACGUGACGCCCCUGAAAUUCAGAAGGGUUCAUGCGGGAGAAGCUGACAUUAUGAUAUCUUUUGCAAAUGGAGCUCAUGGAGAUUUCAACCCUUUUGAUGGCAAAGAUGGAGUCUUAGCCCAUGCUUAUGAACCUGGACCUGGUAUUGGAGGAGAUGCACAUUUUGAUGAGGCAGAAACCUGGAGUAAAAAUUACAAUGGCAGGAACUUAUUCCUUGUUGCUGUCCAUGAACUUGGGCAUUCCUUGGGACUUGGGCAUUCCAAUGAUCGAAAGGCAAUAAUGUACCCCAACUAUGGUUAUCUCGACCCCAACACGUUUCACCUGUCUUCUGAUGACAUCCGUGGCAUUCAGUCCCUCUACGGAGGCCCAGAGAAGCACCAACCUAUGCCAAAUCCGGACAGACCAAAGCCAGCUGUCUGUGACCCCAACUUGAGUUUUGAUGCUGUCACUACAUUGGGAGAUAAAAUUAUUUUCUUUAAAGACGGGUUCUUCUGGUGGAAGUUUCCUGAGACAUCAAAGACCGGCAUUAGUUCAAUAUCUUCCUUAUGGCCAACCCUGCCUUCUGGCAUUCAAGCUGCUUAUGAAAUUGAAGCCAGAAAUCAAGUUUUUCUUUUUAAAGAUGACAAGUACUGGUUACUUAGCAAUAUGAGACUGCAGCCAAACUAUCCAAAGAGUAUAUAUUCGCUGGGCUUUCCUAAAUAUGUGAAAAAAAUUGAUGGUGCUGUCUUCAACCCACUUCUCUACAAGACCUACUUCUUUGUAAAUAGCUGGUAUUGGAGGUAUGAUGAGAGGAAUCAGCGCAUGGACCCUGGUUAUCCCCGACAGAUUACCAAGAACUUCCCAGGAAUUGGGCCUAAAAUUGAUGCAGUCUUCUAUUUCAAAAGAGACUACUAUUUCUUCCAAGGAUCUACCCAACUUAAAUAUGAUGUUAUGUUACAUCGUGUUACCAAAAGGCUGAGAAGCAGUAACUGGUUUGGUUGUUAGAAAUUAUGUAAUUCAUGGUGCUUGUUAAUUCAACUUCAGUUUAAUAAGUAUUUAUUGCAUAUUUUCUAUGUGCUCAGGGUACCACUACAUGAUGAUAUAUACCAUAAAGUAAAAUCUAUAGGCCGUAAGAAAAUGAUUGUAUAGAUAAAUGAUUAUACAAAGUGUAAACUUUUACUGUCAAUUUUUGCUUGACUCUACUAUUAAGUUUGAGAAUAGAUACCUUCAACGUCCACAAAAUACCUUUUAGAGGCUGCUCUGUAAGUUGG